AUGGUGCAGGCUGUGAAGCAAGAGUGUCUGUUCUCAGAGUGUUUUGUUACCAGGGUAGAAACAGGAAGCUCUUAAAACUCUAUUGUACAUACAGGAAGUGAUGCCUUUUCAGUUGUGUAUUUGACCAAUGAUGCGGCUGACUGACUCCACAUCUGUAGGCUCUUAUAUAUUGGGCUCUCUGAACUCUCACCCAGUUCUCCUCAUUGAGAGGGCACUCUCCCCUCUCUCUCUCCUCACCCCCCUCUCUCUCUCCUCACCCCCCUCACCCUUUUUGUGGGAAAGGGCAAAGAUGAUGAUGAUAAUAAUAAUAAUAAUAUGCCAUUUAGCAGACGCUUUUAUCCAAAGCGACUUACAGUCAUGCGUGUAUACAUGUUUUUUGUUUGUUUUUUUGUGUAUGGGUGGUCCCGGGGAUCGAACCCACUACCUUGGCGUUACAAGCGCCGUGCUCUACCAGCUGAGCUACAGAGGACCACGGAGACAUGGCUGUUUAUCUGAGUAGGGGACAUAAGAUUAAGUCCGGUCAAGCAGGGAUUUGAACUAGAAUUUUUAGCAACUAUUUAACUUUGAAGGACCACCCCGGCUUUGAGACCAUAUGGGGUUAUAGGGAAGUUGUCGUUCAAGUGAACAGGGUGAAAACUGGAAUGUAUAUUUCUGUUGACAGUGUAUUUUGUUGUUUGUUUUUAGUUUACUGUAUUUCUCUCUCUUUAUAUAUAUAUAUAUAUAUAUAUAUAUAAAAAAAUUAUUUUUGGCAUGCAGCAAGCACUGUAUUAAAUCCUAAAUAGAAAAUUACACUUUCACAAAAUUAUUUAAAUAAAACGUUAUUUUCUCUAUCCCUCAGACUGUGCUCCGGCGGAGCAGGAGAAGCUGUUUGUGCAGAAGCUGCGCCAGUGCUGCGUGCUCUUUGACUUCCUGUCAGACCCACUAAGUGACCUGAAAUGGAAGGAGGUGAAGCGGGCGGCGCUGAGCGAGAUGGUGGAGUACAUCACCCACAACAGGAACGUCAUCACAGAGCCCAUCUACCCAGAGGUGGUGUAUGUGGUGAGUGUCAUCAGACUGGAGGAGAGGAGACACCCCUAA